UGCGUCAGACGGACCAAUACGAUUAACAAAAGGGAAAACAACCACAGUUAGUAGAGUAAAUAUAUAUAUUUAUUUUUUACACCUCAUUUGACAAAUCAUAAUCCGAAACAUGUAAAGGACACGGAUAUCGAAAGUCCCUCCCUCUCUCGCCGCUAAACCGAUGUUACUGGAUGAUCCGCCCUCUCUCUUGCCAAUAGAGCUCUCGUUCCAGGAGUUUGAGACGAGAACGGCGUGGAACCAUGCUUGGAACGAGGUUUGGUGCGUUCGACGAUAGCUCCGACGCAUCGAGGUGCGGCAGAACCAACCAAUAGCGGUUGGGGACGUAUCUGCCAUCAACCACUGAGAAGCCUCCGUAGGACUGAUCACCCCGCCUUUUAAAUCCCAACCUUCCUCUUUCAACUGCAUCUUGUACUGGCUCUUCCGACCACUAUAUAUACAUAUAUAUAUAACAAGUAUUUUGUAUAUUCAGUAAUGGAACAGAACGUAUUCUGCGUGGAUGCAAGACUCAUGACCCGUGUCUGUGUUGUGUAGCUUGAGGUUCUCAAUUUAAUUAUGGAGUUCUAAAAAAAACAUUGGAUUUUGGGGGGGAAGGGCCCUUUCCCCUCAAGUUGGACGAUUGGACUGCUGUGUAGUCCUGUUAUGUAAAUAUCAGAGGGUAAAAGCUCUUUGAUAGUGAAGGGAAGCUUGGUGUUGUGCCUGGAGCCGCCGGGAUGAGUCCGCUAAUACCUGAAUGCACAGCGAAGUGCCGCUCAACGCAACACGCAGACGAAGUGGUGGCGGUGCUGACCUGCUGCUCAGAGAAGCGUCUUCAGGCGUUUCUGAGCGCACACUGCUACAACUCAGCCACCCUGAAGGACGCCUUCGGACGCACCGCCCUGCAUCUAGCGGCGUCAACGGGCAAGAAGGCCCUGCUGGAGUGGCUGGUGGAGAGUAAGAACGCGGACCUGCUGGCUAAGGACAAGGAGUCUGGAUGGACACCUUUGCACCGCAGUGUCUUCUAUGGACAGAUCCACUGCCUAAUGGCUCUAGUCAAGCAUGGAGGUCUGCUGUCCUCACAGGACCGGGAGGGUCUCUCCGUCUUGGACUUAACUGUGAAGGACAGACCAGAACACGUGGUCUUCAAAAACACAGACCCAAUGGAGGUAUACACAUGGGGCAACAACACUAACUUCAGUCUAGGCCAGGGCAACCAGGAAAGCAGGCAGCACCCGGAACUUGUUGACUUCUUUGCCAGGAGUGGAGUUUACGUCAAGCAGGUGGUGCUGUCCAAGUUCCACUCUGUGUUCCUGUCCCAGAAAGGCCAGGUGUUCACCUGUGGACACGGUCAAGGUGGUCGCCUCGGGCACGGGGACGAACAGACAUACCUGGUUCCCCGCAUGGUGGAGGGCUUGACGUCCCACCACUGCACCCAGGUGGCCGCGGCCAAAGACCACACGGUGGUGCUCACCGAGGGGGGCUACGUCUACACAUUUGGCCUCAACACCUUCCACCAGCUGGGCCUCUCUCCUCCGCCUGCCUCCGCUUACGUCCCGAAGCAGGUGUUCUCAAAGAACCUGAAAGGCAGGACUGUGAUUGGUGUGGCUGCCGGAAGGUUCCACACAGUACUGUGGACCAGGGAGGCUGUCUACACGAUGGGCCUCAAUGGAGGACACUUGGGUUACCUGCUGGACCCCAACGGGGAGAAGUGUGUGACGGCCCCGAGGCAGGUGUCUGCCCUGCACCACAAGGAUGUCUCCAUCGCCAUGGUAGCGGCAAGUAACGGCGCCACCGUCGUUGCCACAGAGAAGGGCGACCUCUACCUGCUGGCCGACUACCAGUGCAAGAAGCUAGCGUCCAGGCAACUGAACAUCAAGAAGGUCCUGGUGAGUGGAGGCAGCCUGGAUCACCGCGUGGCCCCACAGACGCUGAACGAGGGAGUGGGAGAGAAGAUUGCCAUUUUGGCCCUGGAUGAAGCUGGAAGGGUGUUCUGCUGGCGUUCCUUCAGCGGCUCAGUGCGACAGUGCAGGUGGGCGUACGGACGGCAGGUCUUUGUGUCCGACAUCGCCCUCAGCAAGAACAACAUGAUGUUUGUCACCCAGGAGGGAGAGGGCUUUAGCGGCGUCUGGGCUGGAGAAUACAAGAAGUUUGAUGGGAAGAAGGAUGGCAGUGUGGAGGUGUGCGGCGGCCAUUCCAGCGCCGCCACGGUGUACGAACGCAUUCGCCUGGAGAAGCUCCCGUAUGUCCACCGAGCAGUCGGCAUCACGUCGGACUCUAAAGGAAGCAACUUUGGAGUGCUACAGUCGGACCCAAAAACAAGCCUGUUUGAGAUCCCCAUCGUCUCCCCGUCCUCCUUCUCCCAACACUUCGGCUGCCUGUUGCAGGAGGCCGACGAGACGGACAGCAUCCACGACGUGACGCUGCAGGCCGGCGACCGCACCUUCCCCGCCCACAAGUACAUCCUGUCCAUGAGGUCCGAGUUCUUCCGGAAGCUGUUCAUGUGCGAAGGCGGCGGCGGCGGCAUGGAGGAGGCGGAGGCAGACGGCGAGGUGCAGGUGAGCGAGGACGCGGUGGGCUGCGACCUGGUCCUCCUGGAGAAGAUACCCGCAGACAUGCUGGAGCACGCCCUCAGCUUCAUCUACACCGACUCCUGUGAGCUGCUGCUGCACGGUACCAGGCCCACGGGCUCGGUGGCCACGCCGGACCACAGCCACUACCAGGACCAGGACACGGAGCAGGAGAGGCUGAUCAGCAGUCUGCAGGAGAUGGAUUUGAGGGGUCGCUCGGCCCUGGACGUCUACCGUUCCCUGGUCCCCGGCAGCCAAAGAGACGCCGACAAGACCAAGAAGAAGGCCCCCAAGCCUGGCAAGAAGGCCAAGGGGGCCAGAGGCGACGACAAGGCCGGAGCCAACGGGGGAGGCUCCAACCCUGUGAAGGCCUUACAGGGCAUCGCCAAAAAGCUUGGCCUGGCCAGUCUGUCUGCAAGACUGGACGGAGUCAAGUAUGAAAACGGGAGGAUCAACGUUGUUCACAAAAAGACGGGCAACAAACUCAAGUUCAACCAGAAAAAGUGCGCAUACCUAUGUGACGUCACUCUGAAGUCUGAAGAAGGAAAAGAGUUUCGCUGUCACAAGAGUGUGCUGUGUGCCCGACUAGAAUACUUCCAAAGUAUGCUUGGAAAUCCAUGGGUUGAGGCAACAUCGUGUACUGCACUAGAAAUGCCAACAAGCUCAGAAAUUCUGCAGGUCAUUCUGGAGUAUGUUUACACUGACGAAUCCCCCACCAUCAAAGAGUGUCUGAAUGUAGAGUUUGUGUGCAGCGUCCUGGUGGUGGCUGACCAGCUGCUCAUCACACGUCUCAAGGAGAUGAGUGAGACUGCCAUCACAGAGAACUUGACCCUGAAGAAUGCUGCAGAGCUGCUGGAGUUUGCAGCCAUGUACAAUGCUGAGCAGCUGAAGCUGUCCUGCCUCCAGUUCAUUGUCCUCAACAUGGCCGCACUCCUAGAAGCCAAAGCGCUUGAUGUUCUCAGUGAUGAAGUGUUGCUGGAGCUGUCUGCAUCCUACAGGCGGAUGAUCCCAGCCAUGCAGAAGAGAGUCAUUACGCCCUACCCAGAUGCCCCAGACCUCCGCCCAUACGAGGAGGAGGACUCGGAGUCUGUUGUGUUCAGUCCCAAAACACAAAGCGAAUUGGAACCCUCCUGCAGAGAAACUCUGUUGAAGAAGGCCAAGGUGAAGGCUAAGAAGAAACCACGACGACGAUCGGAAAGUUCCGGAGGUUACACCAUCUCCGAUAGGAUCCAGUGUCCUCCCGUGGCAGUGGUCGCCCCGUGCCUGGUGACGUCCUGCGUCGCCACCUCCAGUGACUCACUGCAGGAGCUAAUGACCUCUGACUCAGACGGCAGCUUUACCGGGGCCGCCAGCCCCCGAGAUCUGCAGUCACCCGUCUUCCACGACAAGGCCGAGGUGGAGAAGGCCGUCUGUCAGAAGGCGCUGACCGUGCCCUGCUCCCCGACCUCGCUGGACAACGGACUUCACUGCUCUCCCGGUAGCGCAGCACCAGAACCCAUCCCCAAGACCCGGGCCAGGCCUGCAGGGCCAUUACCGAUCUUGGACCUCAGAACCAUCAUGCACCUGGAGGCUGGCUCUUUUCCCGCACCUGGAGCCACGCCCAGAAGCCCUGGAAGUGUGGGCGGUAGCAGUAAGCUGUCCCCUGUCCCAGCCAAGCUGUCCCAGAAGCAGAGAAAGAUGAUCGCCCAGGCUGCCAAGGAACCCCCCAGGGAACCGGGCGUGUCCAGAGCCGUCGCUGUGGUGACCCCCUCUAAGGGCGGAGCCAUGGCCUGGGCAACACCAGUGAAGUCGCCCCCUGCCUCCCGGUCUUUCCGGGACCUCCUGGCAGAGGAGGAGAGCAUUGUGGGUAGUGGAGCGGGGCAGAUGAGGGGGGGCAGCGGCGGCCAAGCAACACAAGGGAGCCCGGUUACCAUGACGACCCAGAGAAGGGUCACUUUCAAAUGUGCUGAACCAAGUGAGCUUGAAAAAACGUCUGGGCCAUGGGUGCUGGGAGCGGUGGGCAGCCCCCCCCGGGCCUCCACCGUCCCCUUCACCGCCAUCCUGGAGGAGGAGAAGCAGCAGGAGGCCGCUCUGAUCCGCAGCCGGGAGAAGCCCCUGGCGCUCAUCCAGAUCGAGGAGUGUGCCAUCCAGCAGCUGCUGAUCCACUACAAAGCGCGGGACAACCCAGACGAGCUGAUCGUGGUGGAGCGGUCGUCGAUGGGUCCGAUCGCCACGCCCACCUGGAACAAACAACACUGACGACGAUCACCCUGCAGUCAGGUGAAACGCAGGGCCCCCCCUGUCCCACCCCUCCCCAGCCCACCUCACGCUAGAUUGCACACGGGCUCCAUGGCGACGCUGCAACUGCAAGCCCUGUAGACCCGAGCUGAGACAUCAGCUGUUGUGUGUGUGUGUGUGUGUGUGUGUGUGUGUGUGGUCCAAGUAAUAGAAUGCAGACGCUAACUUUUUCCCCAAUUGUUAAAGGAAUGUGAUGCAAGAGAAGAAUAUAAUGCAUAAUACUUGUAGCAAAAGGGGUUUUUGAGGACAUGGUGGGGGUCAAGUUUACCACUGUUAGUGUUUAGCGAUGUUGGUCUGCCAAAGAUUGUCAGUGCUGGAGUCUAUUAGGUCUAUUGAGAAGCACAUCAGCCAGAUGUGUGCAGGUAGUCGAGGAGUGCCAUGUGUAUAUACAGAUGUGUCAAGAGUGAGACUGUGCCACCUGCAAACUAUUGAGCAAAGUCUGUUUUUUCCCCUCCCCAUACAACUUGUAAUCUUAGCUCUAUUUAUUUUACAGUCAACAGUAGUAAUAUGUCAUGCUGGACCAAAAGCCCAUAGUUUGCUUGAAUCUUGAUGAAUUGGUCUCUUGUGUUAUAAGUCCAGCAGAUGCUCACGGUAGACUUACUAUAUUAAUAAGAGCAAGUUAUGUGCCUUUACCGCAUGUACACAGACGUGUGUGUGUGUGUGUGUGUGUGUGUGUGUGUGUGUGUGUGUGUGUGUGUGUGUGUGUGUGUGUGUGUGUGUGUGUGUGUGUGUGUGUGUGUGUGUGUGUGUGUGUGUGUGUGUGUACAGCAUUUAACAAACCCGACAUAACCACAUGAUUUCAUCGGUUGCUCCUAUUCGUUUAUUCUCGUGGAGCUAAUUGAUUCUACAGCCGGAUAAGUACAUUCUACAUGGUUACAUGCCCUCCAUUCCAUGAUGACUUUACUGCAGGACUCUAGUUGACUUUGUGAGCAGAAGACUGGUAGCUGUGCAAAGCAAACACCAUUCAAUAAAAAGAGCCCCUUUGUAGGGAAAAGCUGUCCCUUGUCUCUGUUUUAAUUCGAUUACCGAUGUGCUUUAGAGCAGCAGACUGGAUAAAAUGGACCAGAUUUAACAUUGAACUUUUUUCCCUUUUUCUGGCAGCUCCUUAAUUGCAGCGAGUUUCCCGAGACUCGAUAUGUCGCUGAAUAAAAAGCGAAUAAUAUAUAAAAAAUGUUUCAUCACAUCUAAUAAAGAUAACAUUUAAUUUUGCAUUCAUCUACUGAUUCUUCAUCUCCUCUGCAUGAGCAAAUGAUGAAGUCAUUAUGAAGUCCUAGCCUCUGAUUAGAGAUAAUAACCUUGCUCUGGGAAGUGAGUGUGACAACUUAGGGCCUCUAUGGCCGUAAUUAGAAGAGCACCAAAUUAGAAGUCAGAGAUGGUUUGUGUGUGAAUAAUAAUUUUGACUCAUUAGAAUACUUGCACUAAAUGACACCAUAAUCAAAGACUAAAGGUGCCUAGAGUUGACAUCUAGUAUUUCAUAAUGGAAAUGGCGCAAAGGCAGCCAAGUAAUAAUGUAUAGCUUAAAAUGUAUUCAUUCAUAGUGCAUAAAAAUGUAAGACUUGUGGGUGAGAGAUGGCAGGACUCCAGAUUUAAUAUCAAUCCUGUUUCCAAGACAAUUGUGAAAAAAAACGUAUUGAUCAGUCAAAGCAAAUUAAUGCAUCAGGGCGUUAUCAACUUCAUGAUUUAGGAGCGAAGAGUGUGGAAGCCCCAGUCAACCCAGCUAACUAACUAAACCAGUCUACUAGUAAAAACGCCAACUUAACCAGUGUUCUAUCCCUAACUAAACCAGUCUACUAGUAUUUACUCCAACUAAACCAGUCCACUAGUAAUAACCCUAAUUCAAACCCUAACUCGACUAGUCUACUGACUUCAACUAAACCUGUCUACUGACCCUAACUUAACCAAAUUAAAUGUUCAACUAACCCUAAUUAAACAAGUCUAUCAUCCCUAAUUAAACCACCAUAAUAUAAUGUCUAUCAUUUCUACUAACCCAAAUGAAACCAUUAUAGUUACCCAAACCGAAUCCUUUGCUUCUUCAACUAAAACCCUUUUCCAGAGAGGUGGUUUGCUAUUGGCCGUGCACGUUCAGCUACCGUUGCCCUCAACUCAGGGAAUUUAAACAUGGAGGGAGCUCUUCAAUUUCCAGACCGCAUCUUGGAUACGCCACGCAAUGAGAUAUGUUCAACCCAUUACUCUACGUGCCCUUAUUUUGGGGGGCAUAGUGUAGCCUGAAGUCAUAAGAGAGAUUGGUGUGAAAGAAAAUAAAUGCAUAUUUUAUUUUACAAACUGUUGGUGUAGAGUGGAAUAGAGACUUCUUAUUGGAUUCCUGUCCAGACAGAUGGUAAAAUCAUGGAGGCGGUUGUACAAACAGUGAAUAUACUCACCCUAUAUCUGUUUAUGGAGUAGGUGGGAAGGGACCAAGCGGCUAAUGUAGAACUCUGAACUGCCUCCCACAAGUCCAACUGCCUUGUCAAUACAUCUUGAUUCUUCGUGGUGCUGAGGAUGCUCUUUUGAUUGAUUGGGGGGCAAAUGCUGGGAUAUCCAUUAUCAGGAUAAACUACUGUAAUCGUUAACUGUUUACAGUAUGAUACCCUUGCAGCUGUUAAAAGACGUAUUCUAUUUCUCUGAUUUAUAAAAGCUACAACUUUUUGGGAUUUUUUAUUUGAUUUAGUGUUUUGACCUUUAUCAGCUGAUCUUUAAUAAUUAUGUUCCCUGUGAGGUUUGGUUUACUGGCAGAUUAGCUUGACUAACACUACAUCUAAAGUUGUGUUGACUUGAGUCUUACUCUGUAAUUAAAGGGCAUAUGAACAGGAUGUAUCUCAUCAGCCAUCAUGCAAAUCUACGGGAUAUGGUCUCUUCCUAUUGGCUCGCUAAACAGAUUGGAUUGAUGAAUCCUUCUUUUCCUGGAAAAUAAUAAUUUGUUCAGGCUUCCCAUGUAGUUGUGGCUUUCCUGUUUUUAGCGGAUACCUUUGAAACACGUCUUCCGUCAUUUCCUUAUUCUCU